AUGCCCCACGUGAAGGCUAAGUUGCAAAGUGCCCAAAACACUAUUGGUCAACUGCGUCAAGACUUAACUUCACUUAUGGCUGAAAAAGAAGAAGAACUGGAGGCCUUCAAGCGUUCAAGUCAUCGUACCAUCGAGGACUUAAACGGCGUUCUGAAGGACCUCGAAUCCAAGCAUCGGGCUGAGGCUGCUCGCUGGAAGAAGAAGUUGGAUACAACUUUAGCCGACUUGGAACACGAAUUGGCAAACGAGCGAGAGGCCAAGGAGAGCGCAGAAAAAGCGGCUCAAGAAGCAGAAGAUCAUUAUAACCACCUCGCUGCGGAAUUUGAUGAGCUUAACAAUUCGAUGGAAGAGGCAAGAACAGCCCUCCAGCUAAGUGAGAACCGCCGUCAAACAGCCACUGAAGAACUUGAGAUGCUCAGAGUUCAAUUUGAGGCCUCAGAACGAAGUCGCAGAAAGGCUGAAUCGGAGACACAAGAGAUUACCAACCGUGUCUCGGAGUUAAAUACUCAAGUCAACAAUUUGACUGCUGAUAAACGACGACUCGAAGGCGAACUAGCUAUUGCUCAAGGUGAUAUUGAAGAUCUCAAUGGAAGUAAAUUGGGUAACGAAGAGCGGAUUGCAAAGCUACUGCAAGAUGUGGCCCGGUUGACUGCUGACCUGCAAGCGGAACAGGAUUUGGCUCGUAGAGCCGAUGCAGGAAGACGUCAACUUGAGACUGACCUUCGAGAUGCCAAUAAUCGUCUCAAAGCUGCCGAACAAGCUCUUGAAGACGCUGAAAAGGAUUCGAUUAGGAAAAUAAGCAACAUGGAAGGCCGAUUGAGGGAAGCGGAAAUGACUGCUGAAUCGGAAUCUAAGAGAGUUAGAGAACUAACUGCUCAUCUUAGAAAAGUUGAGCGCUCUCACAAAGAAGUGAGUCAGGCGAUAGAGGAAGAACGCGCAUUGGCUGCUCAGAUGAAGGAAUUAAUGGAACGUGGUCAGGGUAAACUCAAAAACAUGCGUCGACAAGUUGAAGAAGCUGAAAUUGCUGCGGCAGCUGCAAACAUGAAGCUUCGUAAAGCUAAUGAGCAAUUAGAGGAAGCUGAAUUACGCGCCACCAUGGCCGAGCGUCGUGUGAGUCUCCAAGCCGAAUCCGUUCGAGACAAGCAGGCAUUCACUCCCCGUAUGCGCUCCACUUCCUUCGUUCGAGAAGGCUCCACUUUCAGCGUCACUGAAUACACUCCACGACGCACUCGACGUACUCCAGCUUUCCGCUCUGUCGAUAGUGAAGAACGAGAGAUUGUGCUCAAUGGAGGUGCUGAUUAA